AUGCUACACUCGGCCCCACGCGAACUGAAUUCCAAGGUUUUACAGGCGCUUCUCCACCCCGUCCUCCGGGGGCCAGCUGAUUUGGGCGCCAAGAUGCUAUCCGUUCUCUUUGUAUCCUUGGCCACCGUGGCCACGGCUCUUCCCCAUGGCUCGGUCAAACGCCAGGUGACAGAGCUCGAGGGCAGCUAUGAUUUCGUGAUUGCUGGAGGUGGUACCGCGGGCUUGACGAUCGCCGAUCGACUGACAGAGGCCUUCCCCGAUAAGACUGUUCUCGUCGUCGAGUACGGGGAGAUCGACGCCUCCCGCUGGGCUUUCGAAUCGCUUCCCAAUCCAGAAGUCCUGGACAGGAAAACGGCCGUGAUGGCUGGCCAGGUUGUCGGCGGGAGCAGCGCCGUAAACGGCAUGUUCUUCGACAGACCCUCGCGCUGGGACUUUGAGGUGUGGGAUCAGCUGCAGGCCUCUGACGACAACGACGGUUCUAUACGGUGGAAUUGGGAUGGAAUAUACCCAUUCUUUAAAAAGGCCGUUACCUUUACUGAGCCGACGGAUCCCGUCGUCGAGGAACGUGGAUACACAUGGGAUCUCGAUGUCUACGGUGGCUCUACGCCAAUCUACUCCAGCUUCCCGCCAUUCCUCUGGGGCGACCACAACGUCGCUCGCAAUACCUGGAUCGACAUGGGCGUGCCCGAACUUCAGGAAUGCGCCGGCGGCGACAAGAGCGGCGUGUGCUGGAUCCCCAUCUCCGAGCAUCCCGAGACGGCCCGGCGAUCCCACGCCGGCCUGGGACAUUACGCCGCGGUGAACGAAACUCGGGCCAAUUACCACCUUUUGGUGAAGCACCAGGUCAUCCGAGUCGUGUAUCCGGACGGCGUGGAGUCCGGCCCUCCGGUUGUCGAGGUGAGGAAUCGCGUAAGCGACGAGGUGUUCAACGUCACGGCGAGCGCGGAGGUCAUCGUCUCGGCGGGAACCUUCCACUCGCCCACUAUCCUGCAGAGAAGUGGAAUUGGCCCUGCGGCCUUUCUCAGCGAGGCCGAGAUUCCGCUGGUCCUUGACCUCCCGGGCGUGGGGUCUAAUCUUCACGAUCACUGGGGUCCCGCGUUUAACUGGAACUACUCCACGCCCGGUGACUGGUCGCCCAUGCCCAACGAUAUGAGGGACCCUGAAUUUGCCGCCGAGGCCGCCGCCCAGUUUGAUGAAAUCCCAGCCCGGGGCCCUUAUACGCUCGCCAUGUCCAACAGCGGAUUGUUCGUGUCGCUCGCCACCAUCACCGACGACUACCUCGACAUAGUCAACAAAAUUCGCGCCCUGAUCGAAGACGACGACGAUGACACCGCCGCAUCGUACCUCCCCGAGGAAUACAGAGACAACCCAGAGAUGGUUGCGGGAUACAAGGCCCAGCUCUCCGUGCUCGCCGACUUCUUCGCCAACCCCGACGCCCCGAGCCUCGAGACCGCCUUCGCCACGGGCACCUCGAUGCGCUCCAUCAUGCUGCACGGCAUGAGCCGCGGCACGGUACGGCUGAACCUCGCCAGCCCGCUCGACCAGCCCAUCCUCGACUACCGCGCCGGCUCCAACCCCAUCGACUUCGACCUGCACCUCGCCCACCUCCGGUUCCUGCUACGCAUGAUCGACACACCAACCAUGCAGGAGUUCGGGACCACGCUGCUCGCGCCCAACACCAGCAUCAUCGACGACGACGCGGCGCUGCUACAGUACUCCAAGGAGAACAUGGUGCUCUCGUUUAUGCAUCCGUGCUGCACGUCGGCGAUGAUGCCCAAGGCUAAAGGUGGGGUGGUCGGUCCGGACCUCAGGGUGCACGGGGCCGCGGGACUGCGGGUCGCUGAUAUUAGUGUGCUGCCGCUGCUUCCGAGCUCGCAUACCAGCCAGCAAGCGUAUGCUAUUGGUGAAAAGGCUGCCGAUAUCAUCAUCAAGGAUUGGAGUGAUCCGGCCACGAAGCCCAAGUGCAAGAGGUCGAACAUGCGAAAAGCUGCUGGCACCAAGGAGAUCCGUCUAGCGGAGAUGAAGACGCACUUGCUACACAUCCUCAUUAUGGCACAUGCAGUGGCCAGCGCCGUGGCUUACCAACUUCGCAGCGAUGACUUCCGCGUCCACAUCGACGAGAAUGGCGGCCAUCUCUUGGGCAUCUUCGAUGAGCGAGAGGCCUCAGACUCCAUGAACUGGAUAAGCGCCCCAUCCAACGCGCCGUGGCAACCCUCGGGAGUCGCUGGGGACUGGGAUACUUUGACGCCGGCGGGCGCUCGCUGCACAGGCACUACUGGAGCAGCCCGGAGUUUCGGUGCCUCGGCCAACGCUGCGAUGCGACAUGCUCUGGCGCGCAGGGCGCACGCGCACGUCUGGGCCAACGGAGGGGCUACGGCCUGGGUCAAGAUGGACCAGAUGGGCGGCCACGGGCGGGACCUAGGCAUGGUGCUGACAAAAGGCGCGCUGUCCGGCUACAGCAUCGAGGGGCGGGAUACCAUUUCCAGCUCCAACACGCGGGGCGUGUUCCUACUGCACCCUGUUGUGCCGACGCUGGCGCCGGGGGAAGAGGCGGUUGUCGAAUGGGCCAUGUUCUGGCACAAGGGCUGGGACGAGUUCCAGCGGCGGUGCAUCGCGCUCUCCGAGCAGUUUGUCGCCAUCCGCGCCGACUCGCUGACCCUUGCUGCCGGCGAGUCGACCGUCGUGCACCUCGAGGGCCAGAGAGUGAAUAACCAGACUACUGUGGACGGGAACCGCGUGAACUGCGAGGGAGACCAGUGCUCGUAUUGGUACGUGGCCACGGGCGUAGGCCAUCGGAGCCUAACCAUUACGACCCGGAGCGGAGAGCAUAUCGACGACUCGACCAUGUACCUGAAUCUCGUACCCAGAAUCAAAGACCUCGUCGCCAAUCGCGUGGCGUUCAUCACUCAGAAACAGCAAGUUUCCGCCGCGGGCAUCCUCGACGGCGCCUACGUCCUCUACGACAACGACAUGGACGGCCAGGUCCUCUACGACAGGGCGGCGGAUCGGAACGCCGGCCGCGAGCGAGUGGGCAUGGGCAUCUUCAUCGCCCGCUGGCUGCGGCGCAACAGAGACCCCGCGGUCGAGGCCUCGCUCAAGAGGUACUACACCUUUGUCUGCACGCGGCUGCAGGACGACGAGGGCAACGUCUUCAACGGGCCGGGCGACCGCGGGGACCGCCUGUACAACUGGCCGUGGGUCCUCCAGCUCCACUUGGCCGUCGCCGCCCUGCACCUCGACUUGCCGCCCGAGAUCGCGGGCCGGACCCCGCUGCAGCGCUUUUUGACUACGCUCGAUCGGUUCUACGCGAGUGGUGGCAAGGGGCUUUACGCCAUUGGUCUACCGGUCUUGGAGGGUUUGCGCGCGACGUACGCAUCCGGGGAUAAAGGACUACAUGAAAAAGCGCUGCGGUACUUCACCGAGCACGCGCAGGAGAUUGCCCACACCGGGAUCCGCUACCCGCCCUUCGAGGUCAAUUUUGAGCAGUCCAUUGUCGCGCCCGCCGCCAUCAUCCUCUUGGAAAUGUAUCGGUGGACGGGCGACAAGCAGUGGCUCGAGGCCGGCGAGCGUCAGAUGGAGACGCUCCUGCGCUUCGCCGGCAAGCAGCCCGAUUAUCGCCUCCAUGAUAUUGCCAUCCGCCACUGGGACGGUUACUGGUUUGGCAAGGACCGCCGUGACGAGGUAGCCCUCGGCCAGGCGCAAGGCAUCAUCCGCUCCAACCUGGCGCUCUUCCAACCCGACGGGCGCGGCCACUGCGCGUGGAUCUACCCUCUCUCCGUCAACGGACGAGCAGGGCACUACCGAGACCCGUGCACGAUAAUUGUCAACCCUCUCCUCGCGGCGGCCGGUCGUGCGGCGCAGCACGGUCCGGAUCUUCUCUAUCGCGCUCCCGUGCGCAAGCCUGCUGCUCCUCUCCCAUUCCUCAAAGAAUUGGUGAACCCCGCGUGA